AGCCACUAUGGCUUUAGCCGCAAGCAGGACGCUCUUGGCGCUAUUCGUUACAUUUUGCGCACCAGAAUGCGGGUGGACAGUGGAGAAACCCCUACGGCCACACAAUGGGAAACAGACAUCUGUGGACAAGGGCCUGAGGGAGAGAUGGGAGCCUUCUAUCCAUCUGGAUGGAAGACCUGUGGACCGGUUUGUCAUCAGCUCCAACAAACACACGAGGUCUCACCACUUCACUAAAGUGGGCAAGGACAGUCGCUCUCAUCUAUUGGAGGAUGUAGACCCUGACUGGCUUAACUUGGAUGGCUUUGCUGUCUUGGGCGGUGCACCUGUCAGCAACUCAUCAGCAGGUCCAGUCAGGUCCUCACAAACUGCAGGCAGAAAUCAGCCCUUUGUACAGCGUGCCAUCAGGGUGGACAGAACAGCUCAUCCAUUGGGCGUGUCUAAUACCAGGGCGCACAGGAGGGCACCUCAAUCCUCCUCCGGUCCCAGGCAGCCCGAGAGAGCGUUGGCAGGAACCCCCCCGCUGGAAAGGAGACGGCAACACCACACCAAGCCUCAGUCGGACCAGAGGAACCGAAACAUGCCCAAACUAACAUCUGAGUCCGUUCAUGUGGUGUCACUGCAGGCACAGAAAGCCCAGGUCCAGAAUGUACCCGCCAACAGAGCAAUCACAAUCAAAGCAACCACACCAGAACCACCAGAGUAUGAGGCCCAGGACAUCAGUGUCAGGGUCAUAUCUCCUCAGUCAGUCCUCAUAUCUUGGGUUGACCCUGCUGUCGAGAUGGGGAAAGUUGCCCCUGAGACAUCCAGAUUCUAUACAGUCAGGUACAGGGAGAAGGGUGAGUCAGCACGUUGGGAAUACAAGGACAGCGCCCAGAGGAGAGUGAUGAUAGACUCCCUGUCUGCUGACGGCAUGUACGAGUUCUCCAUCAGAAUUUCUCAGGGAGAAAAUCAUGGGAAGUGGAGCGUCUCCGUCUUUCAGAGGACCCCCGAGUCAGCACCAUCUGGGCCACCAGAGAACUUUGAGGUGAAGCCGCUACGAGGGAAAGGAACUGCUGUUACAGCAACAUGGGAUCCACCUGAAGAACCCAAUGGGAGGAUAAGAGAUUACAUCCUGUCCUACGCUCCUGCUAUGAAACCAUUUGGAAUGAAAAGUGUGACAUACCGUGGCAGCACCACCACAGCCAUCAUAGAUGGCCUCACACCAGGAGACCGUUACAUCUUCAAGAUUAGAGCCACCAACAGGAGGGGACAGGGACCACAGAGCAAGGCCUUAACUGUUGUCAUGCCAGGAUCCAGCCGUACUGCCUCAUCGUUCUCAAAAACCAAGGACAGCCACAGGACUAGCCACACUCCUUCCAAACAGGAUACCGACCAUGAUGAAUCCAACCUGCAGACAACAGAGGCGCCAGAUGAACUAACCACACCUUCUCAGCUGCACCCUGUUGCACCUGUCAACAGGCGUGUACGCCCACUUUCCCAGACACGCUCCUAUCACAGCAUCUUCUCCUCAGUAAGAGGCUCAGUCAGAAAUGUGGUCAACAGAGGUUCAUCAAGACAAAAAGCACAAGAUAUGGAAGAUGAGGAGGAGGAAGAAGAGAAGAUAUUUACAACACCACCUCCAGCAGAAGAAACAACAACCAUGGAAGUUGCACCAGAGACAAAAGAGCCAGACAACAAUGUUUCCCCUGAAUCUGAGGAUGAAGUUGGGUAUGAGGAGGAUCCCAUGACAACCAUGACCCCCAGCAUCAAAGUUUUGAUACCUUCCCAAAUCAAACCAGCUUCUAGUCAUCCCAAUUCACAGCCCAGAAGACCCAUUAAGAUCAGGCUCCAUCAAAAAUCAGGAUCCAAGGAGGCAUCCUCAUCCUCAUCUUCUUUUCCCUCUACUUCAUCUUCAUCCUCUUCAUCCCCACAUAUUCAAGAAUCAGCAGGCCAUAGGAAGGACCAUGUAACUUCUACAUACCCAGAGAGCAAAAACACCAAUGAUAAGUCCAGCAUAACAGAUAACAAACCCCUCAUUCCAACUGUGAAACAGACCCAUUCACAGCAGACAGAUGUUACACCUGUAAGUAGAGGUUCUGCUUUAGCAGGGCGCACCACUGGGUCUGGUUUUGGUUCCAGAUAUGGCCAUGGCCGAAGACAUCCUGGAAUUUUGUUUAGAGGAAAUUCAACCCAAAUAAUGAAUGGUUACAAACCUGCCAUCACCUCACAGUCAAAUUUACCAGGCAGAACUCCAAACCAAGCAACAUCACAGUCCACUUCACCAGACAGGAUUCAAAACCAUAAAACGUCACAUGUCUUCAAUUCUGCUAUAUCUAGGUCCACUUCAGGAAGUCCUCCUAACAACCAAGCAACAUCAGAUACAGUUUCUUCUGACAGAUCACAGUCCACUUCAGAGUCUAGGUCUCAUGGCUCUACUUUGCGCAGCUCAGGAACCAAUCCUUCUACCUCACAGAGUGGUUCACGACACUCAUCCAGCACAGACACAUCAGGCUCUUCUCAGUCAACUUCACACAGAGGCUCUCACAUCUCUGCAAGUUCCCAUGGCACAUCACCUGAACGAGACACGACAUACAGGGAUAGAAAUGAUGACAGUACAAACAAAAACAUAGAUGAAGAAGUAACCAAAUUUGAGGAGCCUACUUCAAGCUCUAAGACACAAACUACAGAGGAGAAGAAAAGGGAAGAAGAGGGAGGGGAAGAGACCACCAAUGAAAACCCGGUGGUUUCUCGUACCAAAAUUAGCUCCACAUUUCCAGAAAGAUUCCCUUGGCCAGCUAGUCGUUACCCAAACAGGUUUAGUUCAGGGACGAGAGCAUCAUCUUCCAGGCUGGAUGCUAAGACCCCCUGGACAUGGUCAUCAUCCUCUGUAGGGGCCAGCAGACCCAUCUUGAGGGGUGCUACAGGAGUGUCUUCAAUACAGGAAACCAGUGAAAGUCAAAGGACUCCUUCCACUCUUGACCCACUAAAGAAUGGGGUAGGAGUGGGCUCAGUUAAACCUUUGUUGACCAGUCAAAAUACAGCAUCUAGUGACACGAGAAACCCAGCUACCUCCUCCUCUUCUUCAUCAGCUUCCUCUGCAUCCACUUCUUCAAGUGAUAAUGUUAAGGAUUAUGUUGAUGAGAGCAGUACAGAAAUCAGUGGAAAAAAUGAUAAAGAUGCAGACCCCACAGUGUCCAAAAAUAACCCAGCUGUUUCUUCAGCUGACCUUCAUAGAAAUACAGAAGACAAUGAGAGUGUGGAUACAAGGGAAACAUCAUCCAGGACCAGGCCUGGCACAUUCUCUGGACUCACUCCAACUCAUCGUCGUCCAAGUGUAGGGGUCAGUGGGAGAGUGCGCUCUCCUCUGCUGGCUAACAGGCAGUUUGGUGGGUCUAGGGUUCCCAUCCGACCACAGCCAGCACAGAACCCUAGGCUGGGUUCUUCUACAUCUGAUUCAUUCUCGUCAUCGUCUGAGUCUUCUUCUUCAUCAACCUUGCCCCAGACAGUGUUGACCUCUGAUCGUAACUUUGGCACUGGCAUUGCUAGGACAGGGGGAUUAACUGGAGGCAGCUCCCAGUCUACAUCGUCAGUUUCAUUGUCUUCAUCAAGAGACAGCAUUAGGGGCCAAGGGGGUAGGUCUCGGUACCCUGUCCUCAGAGGGAAACCAACAAACGGAGGUGCACUCAAAACUGGAAACGGAAAAAAUGGACGGCCCAACCUGACAGCUGCAAAUGAUAAAGAGUCCUCUUCCUCUCAUGGAACCAGCAAAGCUGUUGGUCAGAGGUUUAUCACUGGACCUGAUGGGAGCAAAUGGUUGGUAGACUUGGAGCUGGGGAUUCUUAUGAAUCAGGAUGGACAAGUUCUCCAAGACUCCCAGGGCAAACCCAAGAGAGUGGUGCUUGGCGAGGAUGGGCGCACAAUAUUUGACCACAUGGGCAGUCCACUGUUAAACCAGGAAGGUUUGGCUUUGUUCGGCCACAGCAGAGAUAGUCAGCCUGUGGUUAAUCCCAAAGACAAGGUGCUCAUGGUUGGAGGGAAACCUCUACUUGGUUUGGACUUGCCCCACCUCAGGACCACCACCACCACCACCAUGGCUCCUACCACCACACCUGAACCCACCACCACUGAAUGGACCACAGAAGAGUGGACCACUGCACUGAUAUACCCAACCUGUCCACCUGGUACCUUCUCCAAAAAAGAUGAAUAUGGGUAUCCAGUACUGGACCCAGAAGGAAUACUGGACUGUUAUCCAGAAGAUAAUCUUUUUGUCCAGACCACCAUGCUGCCACCCACCACUACCACUACCACCACCACAACUACAACAACCACCACCACCACCACCACAGAGAUUCCGACUCCAGAGCCACACAUCAGACCCGUCAACAGAGGCCCCUCAUCUGAGUUUGACCUCAGUGGCAAGAAGCGAUUCACAGCUCCCUAUGUGAACUACAUCCAGAAGGACCCAGGUGCUCCGUGCUCCUUGACGGAGGCUCUGGAGUAUCUACAGGUCGACAUCCUGGAAGGCCUGAUAGAGAAGGACAGACGUUUUGCAGCCAAGCAGAGCCAGCCUCCCAAAAGCAAGCCCCAUAACAUCACUGUGGUCGCCAUGGAGGGCUGCCAUUCGUUUAUCAUCCUGGACUGGGCCCGCCCACUGAAAGAUGAUAUGGUGUCAGGCUACAUGGUCCACAGUGCUUCAUAUGAUGAUGUCCUUAACAAUAGAUGGUCCUCUAGAUCCUCCAGUGGGACACACUUGGCUGUGGAGAAUCUCAAACCCAACUCUAGGUACUACUUCAAAGUGCAGGCCAAGAACGUGUUUGGUUUGGGACCGGUCAGCGAUACGCUCACCUAUGUCACUGAAUCAGACGAUCCUCUUCUCAUUGAAAGACCACCUGGUGGAGAGCCAAUAUGGAUCCCCUUUUCUUUCAAAUUCAACCCAGCCCACAGCACCUGUAAGGGGAGCCAGUUUGUCAAGAGGACAUGGUACAGGAAGUUUGUGGGUGUGGUUCUGUUGUUGGAUAUUUUUUAA